AUGGAUAUUCAUGUUCUUCAAAGCCAGCCCGCCCAGAAGGUCGCGUUUAAAGACUCUUCCACGGUUCCUGUGGAUUUGGUCCGCGGCGGGUUCCAGCCGCGCCUUCCGACUUCGCUGCCGCCCCCAGGGCAGCAGCAGCAGCAGCCGUCGCCGCUACCACGCAGACAGCCCGUCCCGUUGAUGCCUCCCGCGCAGCUUCAUCCGGGAGCGCCCCAGGUGGUCGCUCCGGCGCCUGCGGUCCCUCUUCAGUCGCCACGGCCUUCGGAGCUGAUGGACGUCGACCCCACAGCCGGGCCGCCUUCCCAAGCGGUGGCUGUGCAGCCUGUCCUGCAGCCGCUUUCCUUGGGCACCCCCAAGGAGUCUGACACCACAGCGCCUUGUCCGGCGCCCACUCGGCAGCCGUCGACGCAGCGUCAGGAGACGCUGCCUCUCUUCGUGGGUCCCGACGCCCCGUCGCGUCCAGUACCAGAAGCUGCGCCCGUGGUCACAGGCGUGCACCCUGACCUCGGUUUUCAGUCGGUGUUUCCCGAGGCCCCGCGCAGCCAAUGCUGGGAUUUGGUCCGCGGCGGGUUCCAGCCGCGCCUUCCGACUUCGCUGCCGCCCCCAGGGCAGCAGCAGCAGCAGCCGUCGCCGCUACCACGCAGACAGCCCGUCCCGUUGAUGCCUCCCGCGCAGCUUCAUCCGGGAGCGCCCCAGGUGGUCGCUCCGGCGCCUGCGGUCCCUCUUCAGUCGCCACGGCCUUCGGAGCUGAUGGACGUCGACCCCUCAGCCGGGCCGCCUUCCCAAGCAGUGGCUGUGCAGCCUGUCCUGCAGCCGCUUUCCUUGGGCACCCCCAAGGAGUCUGACACCACAGCGCCUUGUCCGGCGCCCACUCGGCAGCCGUCGACGCAGCGUCAGGAGACGCUGCCUCUCUUCGUGGGUCCCGACGCCCCGUCGCGUCCAGUACCAGAAGCUGCGCCCGUGGUCACAGGCGUGCACCCUGACCUCGGUUUUCAGUCGGUGUUUCCCGAGGCCCCGCGCAGCCAAUGCUGGGACCCUCCUGAACGAGAAGACCUAGGACGCAGCUCCCAGACGGCGGGAGAACGGACGCUGUACCUGGACAGCGCGCGGGGCGCGGACCGCGCCGACUCAUAG